AUGGACGUAUUCGAUAAACACUAUCAUAACUAUCGUACUGUAUUGAAAAUCAUAGGAUUAUGGCCGUAUAAUAAUUCAAUUUAUGUGUGGAUUCAAAGAUUAUUGUUAAUGAUAUUUUUUCUUGGCAAUGUAAUAUUUCAGAUUAUGUCACUUCUAAGAUCUGAAAUUACAUUACGAAACUGUAUUUUAACAUUGUCUACAACUUGUCCACUUAUAAUUAUUUUACUACGAUAUAUAAGCUUUAUAGUAUUUUUUCCUAUGAUAAAAUAUUUAUUUCAUCAUAUGCAUAUGGAGGAAAGUAUAAUACAAGAUUCAAUAGAAACUUGGAUACGAACGAAAUACAUCGAUGAUUCUUGUCAUAGGAUCGAUUUACUUUUCCGUGUGAUUUUUUUAACUGUUACAUUAUUUAGUAUAUUUUUAUUGUAUCUUUUAAUAAUGCAUUUCAUAAUGCCUUUAAACGAAUCUCACAUACAUAUCCUUCGUUACGCUACAUUAUUUUCUGUCAAUCGAACUAUAUAUUUUUAUAUUUUAUAUUUGGAUUUUUUAUUUGUUGUUACAUUUGGAUUAUUAUCUAUAAUAUGUACGGAAUCAAUAAUCGGAGUUUAUAGUUAUCAUAUAGGCAUAUUGUUUAAAAUUAUUAGCCAUCGAAUACGAAAGAUUACUAUGUAUUUAGCUAUAUUUAAUCUCUCACCGAAGCAAAUUGAUUCGAAACUCGUAGAGCUUUAUCGCGUAGUGGAUAUUCAUAAUCAAGCUAUCGAGUUGGUAGUAAAUGCGAUUACAAUUAAGAAGGAUCAAUUAGAAAUUUUAAUCUCUCUUAUAAUUUUUGCCAAUCAUUUGGUGAUUAUGUUUUUAUGUAACCACAGUGGCCAGAUACUUAUAAACUACAGUGAAGAAUUUUUUCAUGAAUUAUAUAUUUCAGUAUGGUAUUUUGUACCGUUAAAGAUACAAAAGAUUUUAUUAUUUAUUAUGAUACGAAGCUCAACGGCAUGUAUAUUUCACAUCUUUAGUGUAUUCAUUCUAUGCUAUGCAGGAUUUACAACGAUGUUGAGCACUUCGUUUUCAUAUUUUACUUUGAUAUACUCGAUACAACAGAAUUGA